GAGUAAAGGUUGAUUUCGUGAAGCCGAUGAAAGGUAAAGAGAGUAAACGGAAUCAUCGCAAAAGCUUGGCCUGGGACACUGCUUUUUUCACCAACCAUGGAGUGUUAGAUCCUGAAGAAUUGUUUGGGAGCUUAAAGAUCGACGAGAAUGGAGUAAAUCAUACGCACCCUGUCAACACACUUCUUCCUACGGAAACUAAUGCUCGUCCAAGUUUUGCUUGGGACAACGCUUUUUUUACCGAUCCAGGUGUUCUUGAUGCUGAGGAGUUGUCUCUUGUGAACAAUGGUUUCACCAGUAACACACAGCUUCGUAAGUCUGCUGAUGAUUCGAUGACGACAAUAACUCAAGGAAGCAGAUUCUCUGUGUCGAGCAUUGAGUCUGAUCUGUUUCACGAUUUGAGAGCCUCUUUACGUAAUUCAUCGAAUGUGAAGCAGCCUGUAACUCGAGAGAGCCAACGUAAGUUACCAGAUAGUAAAAAGAGGACUAAAGGGUACAACAAACAAAAAGAUCAACCUUUGAGGAAGGGAAAACACAAGAAUCAUGGGUUUGAAGAACAAUCUGGAUCAAAAUCUAACGUAAGGAUAAGGUCAUCGUAUUCAAAUUACGCAGUCAAGGAUUUGACAACGAUAUCAUCCUCUGGUCUGAGGUUACCACUUCNGAUACAAAUGUUUUGA